CACUUUGCUCUCCCUUCUAUUUGGGAGACAAACUUCCCUCUCUCCCAUUUCUUUUCUUGAUUAAAUAUUCUUCUUCUCUUCUUCCUCGGCAUUGUUGGGUUGGUUAUACAAUUUUUCACAAGCUGCCCUUACCAGCUAAUUAUAUAUAUUUCUCAAAUUUUCUUUAUGCAACAUGAAGAAAGUUUGCUCGCCUUACUUUGAUCCUGAUUUCGACAAUCUCUCAGAAAGGAUAUACGGGCCCACUUGCAGGGUCUGUAUUGACAAAGAAAGCAUGGAAGAUUGCACGGUGGUGAAGGUGGAUGGUGUGAACAAGCAAGGUCUUCUCCUACGAGUGGUGCAGGUUUUGACAGAAAUGAACCUCACCAUUUCUAAAAGUUACAUUUCCUCCGAUGCCGGAUGGCCAUAGACUCGACUAAGGCGCCAAACUCGGCCAAGGCCUAUGCCGAUAAACUUUAUGUCUCCGACUCCGAUCAGUUUUCCAGUGAGCACACCGCCAUCGAGCUGACCGGAACCGACCGCCCCGGCCUCUUUUCCGAGAUCUCCGCUGCGCUGGGCGACCUCCAUUGCAACAUCGUAGAGGCCCACGCUUGGAGCCACAAUGCCCGCCUUGCUUGCGUCGCCUACAUCUCCGAUCAAUCCACCGACAACCCAAUCUACGAUCCCCACCGCCUCGCCACCAUCGAGGGCCACCUCACCACCGUGCUUCGAGCCACCCCCUGCGGGACCGACGCGUGCAGCCUGCAGGAGGCAAAAACCGCCUCAGGUAUUCUAGGUGUUGACGGAACCAUGACUGACGUGGAACGGAGGCUGCAUCAGCUGAUGCUUUCUGUUCGGGAUUUCGAUGGGCCCAGUGAGCCAAUGAGCUCGUCGACGAUGUGUUCUUCUGGUUCGGAGAGCGAGGAAGAGGGGAGGAAGACGGUCGUGACAAUUGAGAACUGUGACGAAAAAGGGUACUCGAUUGUGAACAUAGAGUGUGAGGAUCGGCCAAGGCUCAUGUUCGAUAUUGUUUGCACGCUUACUGAUAUGCAAUAUGUGAUUUUCCAUGCUUCAAUUACUUCUCGUAAAGGCGAUGGAUUUCAGGAAUACUUUAUUCGGCGUGUGGAUGGAUGUGCUUUGGAGACAGAGAGUGAGAAAGAACGUGUGAUAAAAUGCUUAGAGGCAGCCAUUAAACGCCGGGUUUGUGAGGGAGUUAAACUAGAGCUAUGUGCAGAAAACAGAGUUGGGUUGGUAUCGGAUAUAACGCGAGUUCUGAGGGAGAACGGGCUUGCAGUGGUUCGAGCAGAUGUAGCAACACAGGGAGAGAAGGUUGUGAAUGCAUUCUACGUGAGGCACAUCUCCGGCAAUGACGUAGACAUAGACAUGGAUUUUGUGGAAUCAGUGAAGAAAGAGAUGGGACCAGUGGACUUGGAGGUUAAGAACAAUGCCAGCAGGCCAAGCACGGAUGAUAGAACGUCCCGAUCGUUCUCUCUUGGAGACAUUCUCAAGUCUCAGGUUGAACGCUUCUCCCAUAACUUCAUCUCUAUCAAGUGAUCCUAUUCAUCUAUGUGUCUUGCAAUUAGUAUUACAGAAUGCACUUAAUUAUGAUUAUCUUCCAAGUUUCAACUUAGAAGAAGAUCACCAAACUAGAAUGACACAAAAACGUCGAGCCAAGCAUACCUAAUCUGUUCACAAGUAUCUAAUGAUACCAUUCACUGACAGUAAUGUCCUUUGGCUUUGCUAUCUCAAUUCCAAGAAACUUGCUUGUGAUUAUCUUCAAACCCAUACUCGGAAAAUUUUCAUCCUUAUAUAAAGCUGAGUUCAAUCA